AUGUCCGACGCUGCCAGAACUAUGGACGGCGUCUUUGCUGUCCACAAGCCCGCAGAUAUCACCUCCGCACAAGUCCUCCGUGACCUUCAGAGACAGUUCAACAGAUCCGAUUUCUUCAAACCGUGGCUAGCGGCCGAGCGCCAGAGAUUACAAGAAGAACCGUCUUGGAAAAACCGUCGCCGAGGAAAGAAGUCAAAAUGGAUAGAUGUCAAGCUUGGACAUGGUGGGACUCUAGAUCCAAUUGCGACAGGAGUCUUGAUAACGGCAGUUGGCAAAGGUACCAAGCAACUCAACAACUUCCUUGCAUGCACAAAAACAUACGAGGCUGUCGUUCUCUUUGGUGUAGCAACGGACAGCUAUGAUCGUGUCGGGAAAGUGGUUAGCAGAGCACCCUAUGAGCAUGUCACAAGAGAAAAAGUUGAAGAGGCAUUGAAGCAAUUCCGUGGCAAGAUUAUGCAAAGACCAUCUAUAUUCUCGGCAUUGAAGGUCAAUGGAAAGAAGCUAUAUGAAUAUGCGAGAGAAGGCAAGGAGCCACCUGCUGAAAUAUUAGAAAGACCUGUUGAGGUUUCAAACCUUGAAAUUGUGGAGUGGUAUGAUGGAGGCUCCCAUAAGUAUGUGUGGCCUACGGAAGAAGCCGAAGGGCCAGAGAAGGACAUUGCGAAGAAAAUGCUAGCAAAGGGUUCAACUCUGGAAACUGAGCCAGCCAGCAACUCUACGAAUGAUCCCGUCGCAAGUGAAACGUUAGACCAGAAAGAGGGGACGAGUCAAAAAAGGAAAACUCCUCCAUCAGAUACGGCAGGCAAUGAACCAAAAGAAGAUACAAGGGAAGGGGAAACAAGCCUUCCAGCGAAGAAGCAGAAACUGGACCCUGAAGGCCAAGGGGAGCAAGUUACCACUACCGAGGACAAAAAGUUACCACCUACAGCACCUGCAGCGGAGACAGAACCAUCACCAAAACCACCGGCAGUAAAAUUGACAAUGACCGUGUCUUCAGGGUUCUAUGUCCGAUCUCUGUCUCAUGAUUUAGGCCUUGCCGUUGGAAGCAAUGCUAUUAUGAGCGAGCUAGUCAGGACACGACAAGGGGACUUCGAACUAUCACCUGAUAAGACUCUCGAGUAUUCAGACAUGGAAGCCGGCGAGAGUGUCUGGGCACCCAAGCUCCAACGAUUCUUGGAUGAAUGGAAAAAUAAGGGUUCCGAGCAGGAGGUGCAGCCUGAAGAUAAGUCUGUUGCAACAGAUGAGAAGCAGGAAGCAGAAGAUUAA